UCAGGGACGUUUGCGGUAGCCUUCGUCGUAGGUCGAUGCCGACGCUUCGAGGUCGAAGGUAGCCAAGCGAUUCGAGUUGCUGAUUCAACGAACGUCGGCCGACGUUCUCUGCAGUUUGUUCUUCUUUCUCCUAGUCUGGAACAAGAGAGGCACCUGCUGCGGCGCAAGCUAGAGGAAGCGAGGAGCGAGAACGAGGCGAGAACGUUGGAGCUUCAGGCGGACGUGGAGACGCUGAGGAGCCAGUUGGAGGAGCAAAAUGACCGAGCUAGAAGAGCGGAACGGGAUCAGGCGACUCUCGUCGCGGAGCUCACCGCGCAGAACACGAGGCUGGCCGAUCAGCUGAGGGAGGCCGCGAAGCAGGAAGAGCAGCUGCUCAUCGAGGUCAAGGUGCUCAGGGAAAAGUGUGCCCUCAGAAGUACCACGCUCCAGGAUCACGUCAGUAGCCUGGAGGUUCUCAGGGACGAGGUACAGCUGGUGUCUGCGCAAAGAACAGAAUUAGAGAGGAGGUCCUUGGAGCUGAGGGAAGAGAGGGCGAGGGCGAUGGCGGCUCUCGAAGAAGCGGAGGAUAGAGCCGCGGCCUUGGAGCGGCUCAGCCACGAGGCGGAACACCGGGCGAAACUGGCUGAACGUGAGAGGGACGAGCUGGCGGCGACAUUGGCGCUCAUCGAGGUGGAAAGGAGAGGUAGAUCCGGCUCGAUACAGAAACCACCGAGGUCGCUGCAGGCGGAGAUGGAGUGCGAGGAGAGCGGAAGCUCGCUGGGCGAUCAGGAGGAUCUGCGUGCAGAGGUGGCGAGGGCGGUGAAGCGGUUGAAGGAGCUGUGCGUCCAUUUGAGACGGGGGGAGGACGACUCGGGUUUGCAGAGCGACUGCGACGAGUCGAUGCUCGUGAUCGUGAACAACACCGCGGAAGCGGAGGAGGCGAACACCAACGGGCAGGAUACUCUUGCCAGCUCGGCCAGUUGUCCCGGCGCUUUGUUGGAACUGGUGGAGGAGGUAUACAACUUGGCUCUUUCCGGCAGAGGGGCACCAGGAGAGCUCGGUUUGGCCGUGGAACUUCACAGGGUGCGCGAAGAGCUCGAGAACACGAAGGAACAACAAAAGCAGACGCAAGAGGAGCUGAAAAGGCGCGGAGAGGCUCUGCUCGACAUGACGAGCAAACUUAGCGUCAGCGAGGCCGAACUGCGCGGCGUUAAGGAGGAACGCGACAGAGCUCGGGACGAUAUGGAACAUUCGCAGUUGACCAAGGACGAGAUAUUGGCCCAGGCUUACAAAGUCAGGGACCAAGCGGUGGCUAGGAAAAACAGGGCGGAAGUGGAGCUAGCUAAAACGAGGAUAGAUGUUCUUCAAGCCAAUAGCCAGCUGAUGGAGGCUAUUCAACAGAAGAUCGAACUUAGCCAACAGUUGGAACAGUGGCAAAUGGACGUGCAGUCCCUCGUGGAUGAACAUGUUCGGAGCAAGUUGAUGCCUGUCACGAGCUCCAUCACCGCGGCGAACACUGAGAAUUCGGAAAUCGCGGCUCCAGCGAGAAAGAAGAGGAGCACUGGCUCGUCGAAGAAAAUGUUCGGUCUGUUUUGA